AUGCAGUUCUCUGGAGUCAUUUGCGCUGCUAUCAUGGCUGUUACCGCUUCCGCGGUUAGAGUUUCUUGGGAUAGUGGCUAUGACAGAGCAGACCGCUCCCUUACUGAAGUUUCCUGCUCUGACGGAAAGACGGGGAUGAUGCCCAAGUACCAGAAGCAGGGUGAUCUGCCCAACUUCCCCAACAUUGGCGGCGCCGAUGCCAUUGCGGGCUGGGGCUCGCCAAACUGUGGAAGCUGCUGGAGGUUGGACUAUGAUGGAAUGAGCAUCAAGGUCCUGGCUAUUGACCAUGCUGGCAGCGGGUUCAACAUUGGUCAGACUGCUAUGAAUGCUCUUACGAAUGGACGGGCUGUUGAGUUUGGUCAAGUUGAUGCUACCGCUACGCGACUGACACCCGGGGACUGUGGAUUGUAA